AUGCUGUAUGGAGAGGGUAACAUCAAUUUCCCGCCCGCGCUGUUGGGCAUCCUGGCAGCCGGGGCUUCAUGCGCUCUACCCACCUACCAAACGGCGGUCGGUCUUCCAUUCUACCUGGAGAAGUUGGGCGUCUAUACCGUGCUCUGCGCCCCCGAGGUCGAGGCAGAAGUUCAAGCAGCCGCCCGGAAGGUCGGCAUUCCCCAGGAUCGCGUUUUCGUCGUCGACGAGUCGUUCGAAGGAACAGGCGGCUCCAGCACACUGGGAUCCUGCCAUUGGAGCAGUCUGCUGGAGAGCCCAGGUUCCGACCAUUACCAGCGACCCCGACUGUCCCCAGAGGAGGCCAAGGAGACGGUAGCGGUCUUCUUUCAAACGUCCGGAACAACAGGAUCCCCCAAGCUAGUGGGAAGAACCCACUAUGAGCUGGUGGGGAACGUGGAGCAGAUGCUCUUCUGGUAUCAUUUGCAGCCUCGGGGCAAAGAGGUUUUCUUUUGCACUUUCAAAUUCUGUGGCAUUGUAUACUUCAUGAUGGGUUUAAUGGCCCCGCUCAAGGCGCGCUAUCAAACUGUCUUCUCGCCGAAACAUCAGAUGCCUACUUUUCUAGCCGCCCUGGAUCGAUUUAAGCCUACCUGGGCGGUAUUACCCAAGUAUGCUAUCCACGAGAUUCUGGACUACCCGGGCCCCGUGGACUGCAGCAGCAUUCAUACUUUGACCACGGGUGCCUGUCAUAUCCCAUUCAGCUUGAGUGAGGAAUGGCAGACCAAGCACCGUUCUCCUCUCUUCAAUGCCCAUGGGAUGAGCGAAGGCGGGUGCUUCUUUCUUCGUCAAUCCUACUCCUUCGCUACUGACGACUCCAUUGGCGCUCUUCUGCCCAACAUGGAAGGCAUCGUGGUGAACGAGAAGGGCCAGCCCUUGGCGAGAAACCAAACCGGAGAGAUAUGGGCCCGAUGUCCCUUUUUCAUGCGAGGAUACUACCAGGACGCCCAAGAAACCGCCAAGUGCUUGACUCCAGAUGGCUGGCUCAAGACAGGAGACAUUGGAUGGGUCAACGAUCAGGAUCAGUGGUAUAUAUCGGGUCGCCUGAAAGAUCAGUAUCUGAUCGGAGGCCUUCAUGUCUCCGGGAACGAAAUGGAGGUGGCUAUGCGGCAACAUCCAGAUAUCGUCGACGUUUCGGUUAUCCCCGUCAAGCUACCGCAUGAGCGCGAUAAUGUACCCCGAGCGUAUCUGGUCCAGACACCCGGAGCCAAUCUCACCGUCGAUGAAUUGCUGGGGUGGAUGAACAAGGAAUGCUCCCCCGCGGUAUAUCCCCGCGGAGGGGCGGUAUUCAUUGAGAAGAUUCCCAUAUCAACGGCCGGUAACUGUAAGGUCGAUCAGAAAGCGUUGAUCGAGAGAGCCAAACAGGAGCUCUUGAGUGAGCCCGUCAGGUCCUAG